CCGAUGUCCAAAAUUCUGAACCACCCCUUUAAGUUGUCCUCUUUAAAUAGGUUAAAGACAAGAGAUCACUGUAAUUAGACCGACCAAAGGAAGUCUAAAAAGCUAAUUAGCAUGUGUUUGCCCAUAUUAACCGCAAGGGGAGCAAUAUCUUACUUUUCUUCACACCCUUGACAGUUACGACACUCAAUUUAUCCUCGCUCAUCUUUUACGGAAUUCUUGGUUUAACAGGCAGGGAACGGCACGAUGAGGCCUGUGGCUCAACUGCUCCACAACAAAUUUGUUGUGGUGUUAGGAGAUUCAAUUCAGCGCUCUGUCUACAAGGAUUUAGUCCUAAUCCUACAGAGAGACGCAUAUUUAAGUUUGUCCCAGUUAAAAAGCAAGGGUGAGUUUUCGUUCGAACAGGAUUGCCUGGUGGAAGGUGGCCGGUUGGGCCAGAUGAAUAACGGCACUGCGUAUAGAGAAGUGAGACAGUACUGCACAGAUCACCACUUGAUCCGCUUCUAUUUUGUGACUCGAGUUUUCUCAAGAUAUGUGGAGAGCAUCCUAGCUGACUUUGAAAAGGGCAUAAAACCAGACCUGGUUAUCAUCAACUCUUGUGUAUGGGACAUAUCCAGGUACAGCCGUGAAUGGGCCUUGGAGUACAAAGAAAACCUCAACAAGUUCUUCAUGAAGCUAAAGACCAUUUUGCCAGAAGAGAGCCUGGUUGUGUGGAACAUGACUAUGCCCCUGGGAAAGAAGAUUUUGGGAGGUUUCCUGGUCCCAGAGAUUGAACAUAUGGGUCCUUCAUUAAGAUUUGAUGUGAUUGAAGCCAAUUACUUUGGAGCCACUCUUGCCAACAAGUUCGGCUUUGAUGUGCUGGACUUGCACUUCCAGUUUCGCUUCAGUCUGCAACACCGGAUGAAAGACGGUGUACACUGGAAUGCCGUCGCCCACAGAAAGAUCACAUGCCUGCUCCUGGAGCAUGUUGCACAGGCAUGGGGUGUGGAACUGCCAAAACUGGACCAGAUUAAUGCAGAUAAUCGCCCACCAUUACCUGAGAACCAUAGCUGGCAAACGGCUACUUCAAGUGCUCCUGCUCGCCAUCCAGGUCCGUAUAGGAACCAGAGGUGCUUUAAUCCACCCAUGAUGCCCGCCAUCCACUACAACAAUGGUCCAGUCUGGACGCCGGGUCAAAGGAUGGUCAAUGGCUUCAGAUCACAGUACUGCCAUGAUGAUCUGCCACCCCACAUGACUGCAGGUUACCAGAGCUUUGAAAGGGAAACCUUUUACAGAGGUGCUAACAAUUCAGCUGCUUUCCCCAACUGGCCAGUGAACAACUUAGUCAUGAAGCAGAAACACCGAAAACCAAGUACACGAGAGAGACUACAUCCUUACAGAUAUUAAAUCCAUCGAGACGAUAUCUCAUUGUG